AUGCUUGAUCAGACUUCACUUGUCUCUUUGACGAGUUCGGAGCUUGGUGCAGAGAAUGGCAAGCUCACUGAUGAUGCCGGCGAAACGUUUGAGGAUGUAUCAAGUCCAUUGUCAGAUGCCGGGAAUCAUGACAACUACUAUGGCAGACGACUUCGGACUAGGUGCGUUCUACAUUGUCGCCCUGAUAACAAGACCAAGUUGCGACAACGAGGUCAACCCACUUCUACUUAUGCUUGGUUGCCGGAGUUAAGGCUAGAUAGUGAUGAGCCACCUGGAGAAAAGAAGCGACUUAACUUACCCACCCACACCCGCAUACAUGGACACACACGGACAACAAGCUCAUCAACUUAA